CGAUCGCAGCCCUACGAACAUAUGCAUCUGGUGUGGUCGGCACUUCUCUCACGAGCAAAGAUGGAUGGAGCCCGCACAGGUCUGAUAGGGCAUAUCUUGGAUUCCCACAGGCCAUCACACGGUUUGCGAUACGCACACGAGGAAUGCUGUGCGGGGAGAGGAACCACCACGAAUGAAGGCGAAUGGGUGGUUACACCAGAUCUGUACGGCACUCUCGAGGAGACUGCCGCCUUGCUUUGCCGUCACCAAGUGCCCGUUCUAGAUCAACGUCGGAGGAUUUCGAACGCCUCUUAUGUAUCGUUGACAAAGCAAGAGAAGCCAGACAAUGUGAUUCGCGAGAGGAUCGUUGGCAGAGGAUGAGAUAUCUCGGGAAACGGCGACCGGACAUGUCUCCUUGACGCAGCCAUCCGUUCGGUAUCUAAUCCUAUAGGUAUGUAUGUCUGUCUCCCAAUCCACUAUGGACGACCAGGCCAGACGUAUGGCC